GAACCGGUUGAUUGAGCAGGUUCGGUCGCAAACGGCAUUUAGUAAUGGGACUCUUUGCCACUUUUUACGACAUUUAGAACGACAUUUGCGAAAUUCUGUAAGAUAAAGAGCUGUGGUCGUUUAAUCACACAAAAUAUGCUUUCAAAACGCUUUCAUCUGGCGUGAAUCUCGCAUUUAAAUCCGUAUUCAGUGUUUUUCCACAAUAAAAGUUUCCGUUGACAGUAUUUCCGGUUCCGCCCAACCGUUGCUACUGAAGUUACCGUCAUUAGCAAAUGGGCAGCGCCCGGGCUCAACCUAUCGCCUGUUGUGAACGAUGACCCACCGGUAACUUUCUCUACCUUUACCAAAAAGAAUCAGAUCUACUGGUGAGAAACUGGAAUGGAUGGCUGUGGUCCACGUGUAGAAUAACGCCAAGCGGCAGGGCCAUGUUGCCAGGAGUUGGUGUUUUUGGCACCGGGAGCACAGCCCGAGUGCUGGUCCCGCUGCUGCAAGCCGAGGGCUUUGAAGUCCAUGCGCUUUGGGGACGAAGCGAAGAGGAAGCUUGCUGCUUGGCAAAGGAACUCGGCAUCCCGUUUCACACCAGCCGAUCCGACGACGUCCUCCUGCACCAAGACGUCGACCUGGUGUGCAUCUAUAUUCCCCCCUCAAUGACAAGACAAAUUGCAGUCAAAGCACUGGGUAUUGGUAAGAAUGUCGUGUGUGAGAAAGCUGCAACCGCUGUUGACUCUUUCAAGAUGGUGACUGCAGCCAGAUACUACCCCCAGCUGCUGAGCAUGAUGGGUAACACCCUGCGCUUCCUGCCGGCCUUUGUGGCGAUGCGACAGCUGCUGGUGGAGGGCUACGUCAGGGACAUCCAGGUGUGUGACGUGCGGGUCUACGGUCCGAGCCUCCUGGACCAGUCGUACGGCUGGACCUGCGAGGAGCUGAUGGGCGGCGGCGGGUUGCACAUCGUGGGCUCCGCCAUCAUCGACCUGCUGAGUUACCUCACGGGAACCAGAGCUCACCGCGUGCACGGCUUACUGCGGACCUUUGUGCAACAGAACAACCUGAUCCGAGGCAUCCGCCGCGUCACCAGCGACGACUUUUGCUUCUUCCAAAUGUUGAUGGGUGGAACCGGAUCCUCGGGCGUGUGCUGCACCGUGACCUUGAACUUCAACAUGCCGGGGUCGUUCGUGCACGAGGUUAUGAUUGUCGGAUCUGCCGGCAGGUUGGUCGCCAGGGGAACCGAGCUGUACGGCCAACGCAACGGGAGCAAAUGCGAAGAGCUGCUGCUGGCUGACGCCGGUGGCGUCGGACCGGAGGCGAAAGAGAUGCCCCGCCCUCACCUGCAGGGGCUGAGCUCCAUGGUGAAGGCGCUGAGACAGUCCUUCCAGGCUCACGAAGAGCGGCGGUCAUGGUCACGAGGUCCGGUUGCCUCGGCGCCAACCUUCGAAGACGGCCUGUACGUGCAGACGGUGGUGGAGGCAGUGAAACAGUCCAGCAGCAGCGGGGAGUGGGUCUGCGUGGAGAUCAUGAGUCAGGAGCCGGACCCCAACCACAACCUGUGCGAGGCGCUGCAGAGAAACAAAAACUGAACCGAAACAUUCACUGAGUGCAAAAACUACAUGCGUGACAGAACAGGACUCUGAACGUCUCUUUGUGAUGCAGCUGCUUUGGCUGUUUACAUCACACACACAACUACUUUCUUCUAUUUGUUCACUUCCUCUCAGGUUUUGCAGAUUAAUAUUUAGCCGCCACAGACACAGCUGCAUUGUGCGCCUGGAGGAAGGAGAGUACUCCAUUAGUAAACCACAGCUUUAUUAUUUGGGUUCGGACCAGUAGAAAUACAGACAGCCUUGUGACAAACGUGCCAAUAAUCCUGUAGAUGUUGUCUUCAUCUGGCUCAUUUUGAAGUUAAGAAGUAGGGAAUGUAUUUUUCUCGGUUUGUAAAUUGUUUUGUGUCAAGAAGGCACAACAACUACAUUUAAUACUUGGUUUUUGCACGUUACAGAAUAAUCUAUGUGCUUAAUUUGUGCAACAAAGUCUGUAGUGAAAUAUUUUCACUCAUGUUUUGUAUUUAAAUUAAGACAAGUUGAACCGGUUUGUACUUAAAAUCAAAAUUAUUGACUAAAUAUUGGUUACAUCACUACUUUUAGGUCACUAUUAUAUUCAUCAGAGUUUACUUUAGGUUUAAAUAUGAAGCAAGAGGAUAAUUUGACUAACAAGGUGCUUUUCAUAAUUUACCUCUGAUAGUUAAAUAAGAUCAGAACAGAAAUAAUAAUGCUGUGGGACGUUUACAUUUAGUUUUGUUUAAUUUUAGCUCUAGUAAUUUUGGUUAAAGUGACUAAUGUAGCAACAAAUACUGAUAAAAUAGCAAAUAACUUCACAAUUUUGAACAUUUUAAAUGUAACAAAGCUAAAAACAUAAUAAUUUACAAACAUUGUAAGGAAGUAUUUGAACAGGUAACCGUUAGCCAAUAUUGUGAAAAGAAAUAUUCCUCCAAACAUUAAAUCAAAAAUUCAAAUAUCUAAGAAAAUGAAAGGGAGAUUAUAUAAGAAAGUUUUAAAAUAAUCUCUCAUUACAUAAAAAGUUCAAAUAUAAAAGUCUACUAAUACUUGAUGAGCAGAACACCAAAGUUUCAAAUAAUCUGAUUUAUAGUUGUGUUAUUAAAUUACAUCAGCUGCAAAUAUUAUUAUGUUUCAGUGUAAUAAUAUAUUAUAUUAUUGGCAAAAUGUUUGUUAUUGACAAAAACGUUAGGAUAUUAUUGACUUAUUGCUGUUGGCUUUCUUACAUUCAAAAUGGUCAAAAUAAUUUACAUUAUUGAUUGCUACAAGUAACCUAACCAGAUUAAGAAAUAAUAGUAGGUUGUUUUUUUUUUCCUGUUACAACACGCCAUAGUAAAUAUACCAGGGACUGAGUAAAAUAAGCUAAGUAGAGAACAUAAAUAUGUCGUUUGUAGCAUCGGCCCCCUGAAAGCGACCAGGUAAGUUUGAAUGUUUGUUUUUGAGCGGCUCGCUGUAAAUAAGCCAGAAGUUUGGUUUUACGUGCUGCAUUUCCAUUAUUUUAAAAGAAAUGUCCUACAUUUAGAUGAAAAUUAUGGUUAUUGUUGUAACACAUAUGAAAUGCGUUUUAAUAAUUUGGAUUUUCUUGAAUAACUCUCGACAACAUUGUGAAAACUCUGCCUACAAUCUUUUUAUCUAUGAAAACUGAAGCCACAACAUUUACCUGUUAGGUUUACCUGGAGAUUUAAACAUUUACAACUUAUUUUAAAGAUACAAACUUAAGUUUACACUUGUUUUUAACAAAAAAAAACAAAGAUUACGAUUCUAAAUUAAAACGUAGUCCAGUGCGAGUGGGUCCAAUCUGCCACAUAGCAGCUGCCUUUUUGUUACAGUCAA